UCAUUUCACAUUCACACAGACACAGACUAUAGUUCCCUUACUACUUACAUACAUUCCCACGAACUGCUUCUUCCAUUAUUCCAUUUCAUAAAAUCCAUAAAAUUCAAUUUGCAACUCUAAGUGAAAAACUCACUCAGAAAAAUGAAGACUAUUCCUUUGAUUCUAAUGGGUUGUGGAGGAGUUGGUUCUCACCUUCUCCAACACAUUGUCUCAUCCCGUUCUCUCCACUCUUCACAGGGACUUUGCUUGAGAGUUGUGGGAAUUGGUGAUAGUAAAUCUCUGGUGGUCGUUGAUGAUUUGUUGAAUAAGGGGUUCGAUGAUAGUUUUUUGUUAGAACUUUGUCGGCUCAAGCAUGGUGGCGAGUCUUUAUCAAAACUUGGUGAUCUUGGACAAUGUCAAGUAUUUGUGCAUCCGGAAUCGGAAGGAAAGAUUUUGGAGAUUGCAUCUCAACUUGGUAAAAAGACAGGUUUGGCCUUUGUCGAUUGCACUGCUAGCUCUGACACAAUAGUGGUACUAAAACAAGUGGUGGAUUUGGGUUGUUGUGUUGUUAUGGCAAACAAAAAGCCUCUUACAUCUACAAUGGGGGAUUUUGAAAAACUUCUGACAUAUCCACGUCGUAUCCGACAUGAGUCAACUGUAGGUGCUGGUCUUCCUGUGAUAUCAUCCCUGAAUCGCAUAAUCUCGUCUGGCGAUCCAGUUAAUCGCAUUAUUGGAAGUUUGAGUGGGACAUUGGGGUACGUGAUGAGUGAGGUUGAAGACGGAAAGCCAUUGAGCCAAGUUGUUAGAGCUGCUAAAAGUCUGGGGUACACUGAACCAGAUCCGCGUGACGACCUUGGUGGAAUGGAUGUUGCUAGAAAGGCUUUGAUUCUGGCUCGAAUACUUGGUCGUCGGAUUAACAUGGAUAGCAUUCAGAUUGAAAGCUUGUAUCCCAAAGAAAUGGGGCCUGAUGUAAUGACUGAUGAUGACUUUUUGAGUUGUGGACUCUUGUUGCUAGACAAAGAUAUUCAAGAGAGAGUUGAGAAGGCAGCUUCAAACGGAAAUGUUCUGCGAUAUGUCUGUGUCAUUGAGGGCCCAAGGUGUGAAGUUGGUAUUCAGGAGCUCCCGAAGAAUUCUGCUUUAGGAAGAUUAAGAGGAAGUGAUAAUGUGUUGGAAGUAUACACUCGGUGCUAUAGUAACCAACCGCUGGUUAUUCAAGGUGCUGGAGCUGGAAAUGACACGACUGCAGCUGGUGUCCUUGCUGAUAUCGUGGAUAUUCAGGAUUUAUUUCCUUGAGGGAAAAAAAUUUAUUCUGUGAAUUUAAAGAAAAUAAAAGCCCUGGAUACAUUUCAAGUCAAAAUCUCAAGUUGAUGGUCAAUGGAGCUUACCUGCAGGCUUCAUAUGGAUGGAUAUUACUAGAUUACCUGAGAAGCAAUCUUAUCCCCUCAAGCACAUUCUAAUGUCUGUUUAUGUUGGAAGUGCUUUUGAUGUGUAUUAUUAUUAUUAUUUUCAAUUUGGUUGGUAUAGAACUUCAGAAUAUAUAUCAAUGUAGGCGAGGAUAGAUAAAAUGUAUGGUUUAUGACUUGUAGGCAUUAUUUUUCAUUAUGAUCUGUAGGCAUGCAACUAGUCACUGGAACAAUGUAAACGAAAAGGGUUGCUACUGCAGAUUCCUAUGAGGCAUUUCAAGGA